CAGUCUUAACACCUUCCCACACACCCUUUCCUUAAUUUUAAACAAAACUUUCUGUUUCUCUCUUAUCUUUUGUUUCUUGUUCUGGCUGUCGAGGAAAUUAAGAAAAUAGAUAAGAUAGUUUGCAUGAGUUGAGUUGAGUAACGAUGCAGACGGAGGAGCCUCUUCAUCAGCUAUCAUCUUCUCCGAGUUUCAGCAGUUACUCUUCCGAGACCUUCGCUCAGAUAGCUGCCAGAGUCAUCCACGAACUCAGUAGCGACCCUCGUUCCCUCGACGACACUCUUUUUCAGCCGUGGGAUCAAAACGACAACCUCGGAAACGACGACGUUAAAGUUGACGUUGACGUUAGCGAUGACUUCGAGUUCUCUUCCAUUUCCAGAGACCCCAAUUCGUCUCCUGUUUCCGCUGAUGACAUUUUCCACAACGGCCAGAUCAGACCCAUUUACCCAUUAUUCGGCCGCGAAGCUUCCGUUUCUCCCGUUCCCACGACGAACGGCGAAACGGCAGCGGCGGAGGUUGGGUCUCGCCGUCGUCGUUUACCUCUCAGGAAGCUCAUGUUCGAGGAGGGAGAGACGGAAAACGACGGCAACGAGCUCGACGGCGUGGCUGCGGGGACAUACUGCGAGUGGACUCCACGGUGCAAGAAGAGCAGCUCGACGGGGUCGUCGUCGUCGAAGCGGUGGAAGCUUCGGGACUUGCUCCUUCGGAGCCACAGUGAUGGGAAGAAAGAACCACUCUUGUUUCUGGGUCCCACCAAGAGGACUAACAAGGUGGCGCCCAAGCACGGCGGAUCCGCCGAGAAUGGUGGCGCCGGCGCGGCGAAGGGUGUGAACCAAUCUCAGAAGAAGUCGUUCUUGCCUUACCGGCAGGAACUGGUUGCGUUGUUCAGUAAUUAAUGGGAAUGAACUUGGUCGGAAUUUGCAACCAUUUUGAAACCCAAAUCAAGAAGCUAUAGCACAAAUUAUAUAAUUUUGUCCUUUAUUGAAUGAAUUCCAUUUCAGUGGCUUUCUUCUAGUGUAAUUAAAGUGGAGAUAUGUUAUUAUUAUUAUUGUUAUUUUUUGGUGGUGGAGAUAUAUUAUUAUCUUUAAUUUGGUUAUAGAUAGAAUUGUUGGACACCAUUGGGUUAAUUUAGAAUUUGAAAUACUUUUCUUGG